CCACUUUUCCGAACUAUGAAAUUCAAGUGGGGAGUGGCGGAGUAAGACGCAGAGCAACGAAGUUGAUCUUUUGGAACUACGAAAUGACGGUCGACGACGAGAACUCGGUAUACGUAGGAGGGCUUCCCUACGACGCCACUGAAGAUUCCGUUCGCAGGGUCUUCAAUAUCUACGGCGCUAUUGUGGCCGUUAAGAUUAUUAAUGACCAGAAAACUAGAGGGAAAUGCUAUGGUUUCGUGACAUUCACAAAUCCUCGUUCUGCAAUUGAUGCCAUCAAUGAUAUGGACGGAAAAACUAUUGAUGGACGAGUUGUGCGAGUAAAUGAAGUAACCACCCGAAGUCAAAGAUCAAAUUUCAGUCGAGAUCAUGUUCGACGAAAUGCAGAUAGGGGUACCAAUUGGGGUAGGGCAAGAAAUCAAGAAAGGGAUCAUGAUCGCGAUGAAGAUCGGCAUAGGGAUCCCUACAAUGAUAGGUCAAGAGAGCGAGGUCAUUCUUGGAAUCGCAAUGAAGAUAGAGAAAGAGGAUAUGAUCCUGCAUAUGAUCAUGAUCAAUCAAGGGAUCAUUUUUUAGAUACAGACCAAGAUCUGGAGGACAAUGAACGAGAUCACAGUGAUAACUAUGAACAAGAGCGCGAGAGGGACCGUGAUUUGGAUUGGGAUCAAGGUGUGGACGUUGAUGUAAGCAAUGGUCACCUCAAAACUGCUAUCAUAAACAAAGAUCAACACUUCAGGAAACACAAUGGUUCUCCAGUUAUUGACCGACGUAGUAGAGAAUUAUCAUCUGAUUCAUCUGGCCGUAAAUAUAAGCGUCAGUGUGUUCAGGUGGAAGAGCAGAUUGAGAAAUUAAGCCAAAGGCGUGAAGAUCUCAAAACAGAGGUUUCUCUGAUGGAAGAGCAGAUAGGCGAGAAACACCAGCUUAUUUUAGAUUUGCAGAAAAAAUCCAAGAAGCUAGAGGAUGCCCUAAUUUCAGCGAAAAAGCUUUCUUCUCAACGGCAAUCACAACUGAGCAAGCUGCAUAAAGGUUUUCUAAAAGUAAGGGACUACACUGAAAAGCUAAAAAACUGUGAAGAGGAACUUAAGUAUCUUGUUGAUUCUUCCAUGACUGGAAAUGAGAUGGGUGAUAAUGCUGGUUCAAGGGAUGGAGUUCUAGCAAAUGGCAAUGCAUGAAUUCAUGCUGUAAGUUGUGCAACUGACUUAUAGAUCGUAUUUGUAUAUCACAAAUGUUCAUAUAUGAUAUAUGCAGUAGUAGUAGUAGAUCUUAUUGGAUCAAAUGUUAAAUGCCCUCUCUAAUUCGAAGCUCGAUAUCGCGGAGUCAUAUUAAUGUCUAGCAAGUACAUCUUUAUUGGAUGAAAAUUUCAAAAUGCGGUCAAAUUUCGAUACUUGA